CGGACGACGACGGAAGACGCGGGUCUCCUCAGCACACGACCGCCACCAAAUGCCCUUCCUCAGGCCUAUGGCGAACAAGUCCUCUCGCAUGAGAGCCCUAGCGCUGUACAAGGAGCUUCAUAGGCUGGGCAGGGAUUACCCCGAUCCUUCGUACAAUUUUCAUGGGAAGUUGCGAGGUCUGUUCGAGAAGAACAGGAAUCUGCAUGAUCCGGAGGAGAUAGAGAGGGCACUCAAACUCGGGGAGUAUAUUCGCAAUGAAACAUUGGCGCUGUAUUCACUACGCAAAUAUCGACAUCUAAAGCGGAUGUAUCCCGACGACUCACGUAGCGAUACUUUCUCGUGACAUGACUA